UAUUUCUUUUGAAUUAAUUAAUUGAAAUGUUUGCAGUAGGGAACAGAUCCCCUUGUGCUCCAAUUUCUAUAAAUACACUAUAUUGCCAAAAGUAUUGGCCCCGCCCUCCCAAUCAUGUGAUUCAGGUGUUCCAAUCCCCUCCCAAUCAUCCCCUAGGCAUGCAGACUGCUUCUACAAACAUUGGUGAAAGAAUGGGUCGCUCUCAGGAGCUCAGUGACUCCAAGCGUGGUCCCGUGAUAGGUGGUCACCUGUGCAAUAAGUCCAUCCGUGACAUUUCCUGGCUACAAAAUAUUCCACGCUCAACUGUUAGUGGGAUUAUAAGAAAGUGGAAGCCACUGGGAACAACAGCCACUCAGCCACCAAGUGGUAGGCCACGUCACAUGACAGGGCGGGGUCAGCGCAUGCUGAAGCGCACAGUGCGCAGAAGUCAUCAAUUGUCUGCAGAGUCAAUAGUUAAAGACCUCCAAACUUGGUGUGGCCUUCAGAUGAGCCCAACAACAGUGCGUAGAGAGCUUCAUGGAAUGGGUUUCCAUGGCCGAGCAGCUGCAUCCAAGCCUUCCAUCACCAAGUGCAAUGCUAAGCGUCGGAUGCAGUGGUGUAAAGCACGCCGCCACUGGACUCUAGAGCAGGGAAGGUGUGUUCUCUGGAGUGACCAAUCACUCUUUUCUGUCUGGCAAUCUGAUGGACAUGUCUGGGUUUGGCGGUUGCCAGGGGAACGGUACUUUCCUGACUGCAUUGUGCCAAGUUUGGUGGAGGGGGGAUCAUGGUGUGGGGCUGUUUUUCAGGGGUUGGGCUUGGCCCCCUAGUUCCAGUGAAGGGAACUCUUAA